AGCAAGAUGGUAAAAAUAGUCAGAAUUCUGAAGAAAGUAAAAGUUUACCUAAAAGAGGGAUUCUUAAGAAUCCCUCUAAGAUCGGGCUUGAUAAUAUCAGAAAAAGAGGGUACGAGUUUGCUGGACAAAAGCGAUCAGGUGGUAGAAAAGAUGGUGAGACAGAUCGGGAGAUCAAAGAUUAUGAAGAAGAAAAUAUAGAUUUUAGAGAUCUGGCUAUUAAGAAAUACCUUGAAAAAUACCAUAUGGAUAAAGUACCUAGGCCAGAUAUUGACCAAGGGAAGUAUGGUAAGAGAUCAGAGCUGGACUACAUCAAAGACAUUGCAUAUUUCAAUCAGGAGCUACACAUGCUAGGAGGAGACGACAUUCGUCAGAAAUCAAAAUCUCGACUUAGGAAGAAAAUUCUUGAGGAAAAAGAAUUCGAACUUAAAAUGAAUGGACCAAUGGAGUCCUCUGAAGAGCUUUAUAUUGAGAAAUCUCAAGAUAGCUUUGAGCAAAGGAGGCAUGCUAUCAGAGAAUUAAUGUGAAAACGAAAAGAGAAUCAUGUCCAGCCAGACUUUCUUCGUGAAAGUGAUGAAGAAGAAGUUUAUAAUGAGAAAAAUCCUGGAUAUAAUGAUAAAGAAUUCCAGAAAACAAUGAUGAAGAAGGGGUAUAUUUAUCUUCCUUCUAAAGAAAGAAUUAAAUUUAAAGAAAAACAGAAAGAAAAGAAAUAUCAAGAAUCUACUAUCAAUUCGACUCAAAAGUCUGGUGUUAAAGAAGUGGAGCAGAAAGAUUCUCAAACUGUAUCCUUACAAAGCAAUAAAAUACCUGAUAAAGGAACUGAUAUUGAUCCCAUUAAGGAGACACGAAAGAAAGCGUCAAUGCCUUUCUGGAAAUAUAAGAAAGAAGUCCUUGAACGGAAAAAGACAGAUAAGAAGUUGAAAAAGAUGAAGAAAAAGGAGCAAACCAAGGUAAAGAACAGGUCUGAAAGAACUAUUCCUGGAAAGAACAGUCACCAGUUUUCAAAAAAGAAAGAUGUAGAGAGAAUAGAAAUAGGGCAAAGUAGCAAAAUUAAUAAAAGGAAUGACUCUCAGAAAAUAAAUGUUGGAGUUCAUAACAAUGAAACAAUAAAUACUGAUCAGGUAUUUUCUCACCAUAAUCUUCAGAUGCUUUCUAUGUCACAAAAGAAGAAACCAAAUAAGGAUUCAGUAGAUUCAAUAUCAAUCAAUCAACUUUUGAAAGAUUCAAAACCCGAUCCAUCAAAAGUCCCUGCUCAUCGAUUUUCCCAAUCAAAUUCGAAAGAAAGGAAGAAAAUUCAGAUAUUAGCUAAAAGCAAAGCUAAAAAGGCUGAUAUUCAGAACAUCAAUAUUCCCUCUACAAAAAGAAUCCCUAAUACAGAAAAGAUGCCUGCUAAUAAAGAAACUCGUUUACAAGUUCCAAACAUAAAAGUAGCCCGGCUUUCUGACUGCUCUCCCAAAGCCAACAGCCCAAACCCAAAAGACUUCAAUUCUCACUCAAACUACGUCCCCAAACCCCGCAAGCACGAUCUCUCUAACUCCUCUGGGGAUUCUUCUUACUAACAAAAUCUGUUUUUGUAC